UCGCGUCGAUCCGGUUCGCGGUCUGGUGAACGCAACGCUCAUCAUCCGACGAUAUCUUCAUUCGUGGUCGGUCAUCGUCGUACAGUUGUCACGGAGGUUGAUCUGUGAUACAUAUAUUUUCUUAUUAUCGUCGAGAAUAAUAAACGACGUAUGUUUUUUUAACGACCCAUCAUCAUUUUAUUUACUUACAGCGAUUUUGUUAUUAUUAUUAUUAUUAUUAUUUUUUUUUUUUAUCACACUUCGUCGAUUUAUUUAAUGUUUAUCGAUAUAUUAUAUUUUAUAUAAAUGGUAUAAGUUGAACACCGCUCAUAAAACGAUUUAGUUUAAUAAUCUUUUUUCUUAUACGAUUUUUCCGAUUGUGCAACCCACUCCACCCUCUAUAUUCGCGACAAUACACACAUUCCGUGUGGGUAUUUUGUCUUCCGAUCGUACAGACGUCUUUUUUUCUUUCGGAGUGAUAUCAAAGUUCAUCGCCAGCCUUUCGGAGCCAGCAUUCGUGUAUGAUUCGACGUCCCGCCACCCCGUGUAGGUCGACAUGAGCAGAGGCAGUAGCGACGAUGGUGGUGGAGGCGGUGGCGACACAGACGCUGGCCGAAGCGAGGACGAGCGUUCCUUGUCCAGUGAUUGUAGCGGCCACGGUGACGGAGGCGGUGUCGUCGUCGUCGAUGACGGUUGCCGGAGCCGUAGCAGCAGCGCAAACAGCAACAACAACAACGGGAAAAAAGACACGAUUGCGGCUGUUGACGAGGUCGGUGCCGUCAUCGGCGCGGGUUUGAACAGCAGUUUCAACUUUUUUGAGCUGCCAGCCAACGCGGCCGCCAUGCCGUACAACUUGGAGUUGCGGAACGCGGGCGCGAGCGGCGUGUGGACCAAGACACAGCUCCUCAAAGGCGUCAAGUACGGACCGUUCCUGGGCAAAUGGGGCCCGAAGCCAGUGGACUCGCGGUUCGCCUGGGAGGUUCGCAUCGCUGGGUAUUCUGGAUAUUUGGACGGCACUAUUGAAAUCUGCAAUUGGCUAAAAUUCAUUCGGUCCACGAACGACUGUAGUAGACAAAACGUCCGAGCGUUCUUGUUGGCCGGACAGAUAUUUUACGAAUUGACACAAACAGUCAGAGCUUCAGAAGAACUGCUGUUGGGUAAGAGAGAGCCGUUGAAUUUAGAUGCAGCAUUUGGAGAAUUAAUGACCACGUCCGCUGAGGAUCGGAGUGAAAGAGAUUCGGUCGUCGCGUCUCAGAACUCACUGGGAUCGAUCGACGGCGACGGAGACGUGGACGUUGACGCCGAAGAGCCAGACGAAGACGACCAAAACCGGUGCAUCUUAUGCGAGAAGUGUUUUCCCGACAUCGAACAACUCGAUGAUCACCUGGUAUCUGGUCACCACUACAAGGCCAACCAGUACGGAUGUGAGCUGUGCCCGCAGUCGUACAGCUGGAAGCCGUGCCUGAUCCGGCACCUGGCUUUGGCCCACAGCCGAAAGUUCACKUGCGAAACCUGUUCCAAAGUGUUCAGCGACCCGAGCAACUUGCAGAGGCACAUCCGGACAAAUCACGCCGGUGCCCGGUCACACGCCUGUUCCGAGUGCGGCAAAACAUUCGCCACGUCCAGUGGGCUCAAGCAGCACACACACAUACACUCCAGCGUGAAACCGUUCCAGUGCGAAGUCUGUUUCAAAGCGUACACUCAGUUCUCGAACCUCUGCCGGCACAAGAGGAUGCAUGCCGACUGCCGCAUGCAAGUAAAGUGCGACCGGUGCGACCAGUCGUUCAGCACGGGGACGUCGCUGUCCAAACACAAGCGGUUCUGUGAGUCGAACCCGUCGCCGUCGCCAUCGUCGCUGACGACAUCCGGCGCGGGGACCGGUGGCGGAAUGUCGUCGUUACAACAGCAACCCGGGGCCGCGUCCACCGCCGGAUCUUCGCCGUUCGCCGUCUACCCGCGGUUCCCGCUGUACCCGCCGCACCCGCUCGUCCACCCGUUCUACUUCCCGUUGGCAAACGGAUCYCUGCCACCGCCACUGUUCCCGACGUCGUUCAGUCAGUUCGGGCCCAAGCUGAACAUGGACAUGUUGUCGCUGACAAACGCCGUCGAGCUGUGUAACAACCGGUUCAAGAGGUCUGCAGGCGAAUCGGAGCUCAACGAAACGCCCGCCAAGCGGUUGUCGACUUCGUCAUCCUUCAACUCCGGCCAGAAGACUCCRCCGCCGCAACCKCCCACGUCGUCCGGCGUGGCUAUGCUGAUGGGCUCGAGCAAGACGUCGCCGCUAGUCGGCGAAGAGGCGUCAUCCAACCAGCGGCCAUCGCCGGCUCGACCCAGCGCCACGUACCCUGACCCCAAAGUGCACGUUAAACGGCAGCCGUCCGGGGACGAGGACUGCGGCCCAUGUGAUCUGUCCGUAAACACUGACAUUUUGUGUAACGGUGGCGGUUCGGCGGACGAGCUGACGACGGACGACAGUGCCGGCGAACGCCGAUCGUCGGACGAUGAUGGAUCACCGUGCCGAUCGGCGGACAGGUCGUCGGACCAGCCGCUGGACCUGUCCGUAACGAAAGUGCAGCGCCGCCGGAAAAAGUCACCAACCGUAGUCGGACAACCACCGCGGGAUGACAGCCCGCGCGUCGACCACGCGGCCGCGCGACCCGAUCAGCGUGGACGUAAAUGGUCGCCACCGUCUUCGACGCCACCUCCAUCAGCACCUUUGCCACCACCGCCGCCGCCGCCGCCUCAGAGGCCGUCGUCGUCGUCACCGUACUCGGUCAACAACCUGAUGGCCUACCCCAAACCGUUGUACUUGGACUCGAUGUAUCCAGCGGCGCUGUCCGGGUUCGCGGAGAGCCAGCUGCAGCACAUGCAGGCGCAUCAGCCUUUCGGGCCGUCGGCCACCAGGCCGUUUCCGUUCAUGACCAGCUCGUCGCCGGCCAUCGAACACUUUCUCCGUCAACCCAUGCCAAACUACUCGAAAUCGUACCAAGACAUCAUCCAGCAGCAUCAAAAYCAUCACGGACAGCACCCGAACCAGCACGGGCAGCACCAGAACCAGCACGGGCAGCAGCAGCAACAGCAGCAGCACGUCAAGUCCAAGGACAGGUACGCGUGCAAGUACUGUGGCAAGGUUUUCCCGCGCAGCGCCAACCUGACCAGGCACGUGCGUACGCACACCGGCGAACAGCCGUACCGGUGCGCGCACUGCGAACGCUCGUUCAGCAUAUCCUCCAACCUUCAGCGGCACGUGCGCAACAUACACCGACAGGAGCGCAACUUCAAGUGCAAUCUGUGCAACAGGCGGUUCUCCCAGCAAACCAAUCUGGACCGGCACGUCAAGAAGCACGAGGCGGACGACGGUACCGCCGUCGGCACCGUCACCAGCAGUUCGGCGAGCAGCGUCGACGAGAAGGAGGACCCCAGGCUGUUCGAGAUCCGGAGCUUCAUGAAGAAGGUGAGCGACCACGGAUCGGCGGCCGCUGCCGCCGCCGCCGCCGCUGCCGAGAUGCAGAACAACAACCUGGUGGUGGAUCCGUGCGGUCUGCAACAGCCCGACGACGGGCUGCAGUACGCGGCCCACUUAUGACCCGUGGCUCCGCCGCUCUAUUUGAAUUGGGCCCGUUGACGUGUCCCGUGRUCCUCCGCUAUGCCAUAUCAWCACGACAUCGUUGUCGUCGUCAUGGCAUAAUAAACAUUAUUAUAAUAUUGUACAUGUCAUACCGUCACAAAUCUCYGAGUACCUCCACACGCAUAUUAUAUUAUACAUAUUAUUAUUAUUAUUAUAUUAUAUAUUAUAUAUUAUUAUUAUUAUUAUAGGUCAUAUCCUCUGUCGUUCGUUUCUUCUAUAUUUGUUUAUAUUUAUUUAUUUAUUUCGCAAAUCCGCCGCUGGAAAUAUAGUGUAUCGUCUCGGCGUUUUCCAUUCGAUUCGUCAAUGCGCAGCUAUAUUAUUACGAUAUAUAUAUAUAUAUAUAAUGAUUUUAAUUAUAUACCUCACCGACCAUGGUCGUCUUUAGAUAUUUUAUAAUAUGCUCAUCGCGUCCGCAUGACAAAUAUUAUGUCAGAAAUUAUCGUAUGUUGAUAUAUUCUCUCUCACUCUAAGAUAAUAUUUAUAAUAUGUGACCAUAUAUGUACCAUAAAAUUAUAAUACUGUGACACGGUCGUCGCUGU